AUGUCCGCGCCCGUCGACGUCGCGCGCGCCGCCGCCGCGCGCGUUCGCGCGGACGCGUCCAGCACCUCGCGCGCGGGCUCCGGCGUCGUCGUGCGCCACCGCGGCGUCGCGUGCGUGCUCACCGCCGCGCACGUCGCGUCGUUCGCGGGCGCGAAGAAUGCGCUUCGCGUCGAGCUCGCGAGCGGCGCCGCGCGGCGCGGGCGCGUCGUCGGCGUGCACGACGCGCUCGACCUCGCCGUCGUGUACCUCGACGGCGACCUCGACGGCGCGGCGACGAUGGAGCCGGGCGAGGCGCGCGUCGGCGACGAGGCGCGCGCGCUGGGGACGGCGCAGCGGUACGCGGCGGCGACGGCGGCGUGCGCGGACGCGAUCCGAGGACGACGCGAGACCGGACGCGUGUUGAAGAUACACCGCGAUGACCGCGGUGACGACACGCACGCGAUGCACGACGCGCGCGUGCUGGCGGGACAGUCGGGCGGGGCGCUCGUGCGCGAGACGGAUGGGAAACUGUUGGGCGUGCACAGUUUCGGCGACGCGUUUUGGGGCGGGAGCAGGGACGUGUGCGUGCUGGUGAACGCGGCGACGCUGGACGCGAUCGAGAUCGCGCGCGAUGGCGUCGAUCCCGAGGUGUACGCGACGGCGCGGGUGAACGCGAUGAUUUUUCGUUCGAGCGACGAGGCGCUGAAGCGCAUGGCGCCCGAGUUGUCGGCGAAGCAGCGCGCGUCGUGGAUCUUUUGA